UUCCACGAGAUGUGUCACUCCAGAGAGAACAUCGAAGCGCCCAAAGAGUCGUUCAAUCGCUGGCUUAUGGAGAGGAAAGUGGUGGACAAGGGAUGCGAUCCAAUGAUGCCGAGCGAGUGCUUCUCAGAGGUGUCGCGAGCCAUGUAUAACGAGAUAAUGAAUGACAUUCCCAUCAAACUAUUUAAACCCAAAUUCUCGGGCGAAGCGCGAAAGCAAUUGUCGAAAUACGCGGAGGCGGCCAAAAAGAUGAUUGAGUCGCGAAACGCGUCGUCCGAGAGCCGCAAGAUUGUCAAGUGGAACGUUGAGGACGCCUUCCAAUGGAUCCGCAAGACAUUGAACGCCACUUUCGAGGACUACCAGCAAAGGCUCUCUCACCUCAAACAGCAGUGUCAGCCGCACAUCACCGAAGCCGCCAAAGGCUCCGUCGAAGCCAUUUGUACCAAAAUAUAUCACUUGUCGUGUGAAUACGCGAAGAAAUGCCAUCAAAAGAAUACCGAAAUCAUGGCCGCAGACGGACUCAAAGAGAGCUGUCCGUUAAGGGUUCAGAACCCGAAAAAGGUAUAUUGUUAUCCGGUAGUGUUGGCUCAUCCGUGUCCUAAAUUGCCCGCCGUUCACAUCUUCACCGAUAAGGACACAACACAUCUGAGGUAUAAAAACGAUUCGUUGCGUAUAAGCACUCUAUACCNAAGUUGGAACAACUCUAUCGGUACAACUGUUUCGAUGACCGCAAGUUUAACCUAUUUUUGUCACGUGUUUGGUCUCUACUCAAGAGAUAUCAAGUAA